AUGGCUUCUAGUGAAGCAGUCUACCGAUUGCUGGGUGUCAUGGUGUUGGUGUGUUCUUUUCCGUUUGAAGGUACAUCGGCCGUAAGGGUGUAUGGCGUAACUGCUGGAUAUCAAGACUUGGUUUCUACCACUUGUAGUCACACCCUUCACUUUGAUGUAUGUGUUUCUUCUUUAAGGUCCGAUCCUCGGAGUAAGACCUCCGAUGUCAAAGGACUGGCGGCGAUUGCACUCGACCUAAGUAUCGGAGAGGCAAAGAAAACGAUCUCCUACAUAGACAGUUUAAAGUCUCGUGCUGACAAUACCCAAAACCAGUCUAAGCGCUUGAGUGAAUGCAUGGUGGAAUACUCUGACGCACUCGAGAAUCUACAGGAAGCCAUUCAAGCUCUGAGCAAGACUUCUAUUGAUGAUGUGAAUGAAUUGGCGACAACUGCAAUGACAGAUUCUGAAACAUGCAAGGAUGGCUUUGAGGAGGUACCGAACAGCCACUUUCCCCUGGCUGAUAGGAACCAAUACUUCGAUAAUUUAUGCGGCAAUUUCUUAGCAAUUACGACCCUCCUUGUUUGA